GACCCAUUGAUUCUGUUGCGAGAGAUAGGUGAACACGAUGGUACAGGGACUGGCUGCAAAACCCUCGUCUUCCAACCAGAUUAGAGACAUGUAGAAGAGUUUCCAUGAGUGGUCCACAGUGAAUCCAGUCACACACACCUUCUGUGACAAAAACCCAGCAGAAUGAUGCCGAGCCCUCUGGGAGCCAAGAGGUCGUUCCGCGCAGCACAGAUGUUUGACGUGACGUUGCGAGAGCUACGAGAGUUGAUGGUACUGCGAGGUGCAGAGGCGAUCUCACAGCUGACCGACAUUGGAGGCAUCAACAAACUCGCCGAGCGUCUCAAGACAUCCAUCACCGCGGGCAUCCAAGUCAGUCCCAAGGAACUCAAGACUCGACGAGACGUGUUCGGUGAGAACAGAAUACCUAAAGUCGCUCCCAAGUCGUUCAUCCACCUGUUGUGGGAGGCGCUUCUCGACAGCACUCUGAUCAUCCUCGUGUGCGCCGCUCUCAUCUCGCUGGUACUCAACUACGUCAAGCCCGUGGAGGAGGGUGAGGAGGACGACAGCCACGGCUGGAUAGAAGGCACGGCCAUCCUGGUGUCUGUAGUGGUCGUAGUCCUGGUCACGGCCUUCAACGACUACACCAAAGAGCGUCAGUUCCGCAGUCUGCAGGACCGUAUCGACUCUGAGCUCGUGUUCCCGGUGAUUCGCGACGGAGCGACACAUAACGUCCCCAUCACAGAGAUCGUGGUGGGCGACAUCUGCCAGAUCAAGUACGGCGACGUCGUUCCCGCAGAUGGAGUAGUCGUACAGAGCAACGAUCUGAAGUUAGACGAAUCCUCACUGACAGGAGAGUCGGACUACGUGAAGAAGGGAGUUAAGGUGGACCCGUUAUUGCUUUCUGGUACGAAUGUAAUGGAAGGGAGUGGUAAAAUGUUAGUAACGGCAGUCGGCGUCAACUCACAAGCGGGAAUCAUAUUUACACUCCUCGGAGCGGUAGCAAAGAAAAAAGAGAAAUCGGAUGGUGACGUAAAGAAUAAUAUUGUCAAUGAAAAUGAUGCCGCAGAAGAAACGAAUAUUUCACAUGAAAAAGGUAAAUCCAUUCUUCAAUUGAAACUCACAAAGCUAGCCGCUGAAAUCGGUUACAUCGGAUCGGCGAUAGCUAUUCUCACUGUAGUUGUAUUAGUAGUUCAGUUUUGUGUCAAAGAAUUUUUAAUUAGUGGGAAAUACUGGCACGGCUACUACUAUAACUAUUUUGUCCACUUUUUCAUAAUCGGAGUGACUGUAUUGGUAGUGGCGAUACCAGAAGGAUUGCCUCUGGCAGUGACCAUUUCGUUGGCUUACUCUGUAAAAAAAAUGAUGAAAGAUAAUAAUUUGGUAAGGCAUUUGGAUGCGUGUGAAACUAUGGGUAACGCUACGAUUAUUUGUUCUGACAAAACAGGAACUUUGACUACGAAUCGUAUGACUGUCGUACAAAUAUAUUUGUACGACGAAUAUAAAAAGGUUAUUAACAGAGAAAACCUAUCGAACAUUCAGUCGAACGUCGCUGAUAUGAUAGCGCAAGCGGUUACCAUAAACUCUAACUACAGCUCUCGAAUAAUACUGAAUCAAAACCCCGCUGUCUUGCCUGAACAGAUAGGGAAUAAAACGGAAUGCGCCUUGUUAGGGUUUGUCGGUGAAUUGGGGAGAGAUUAUAUGGCGCUGAGAAAAGAUGUCCAAGAAGAAAGCUUUACUCGAGUCUAUACCUUCAAUUCUGUGAGAAAGUCAAUGUCUACAGUCAUACCUUGGAGGGGCGGUUUCAGACUAUUUACUAAAGGUGCGAGUGAAAUUGUUCUCGGUCUGUGUGAUUAUAUUCUGGGCUCUAACGGAGAGAUAGUGUCUUUCACUUUAAAUAAAAAGAAUCAGAUAAUUCGCAAUGUUAUAGAGAAGAUGGCUGCAGACGGACUUCGAACCAUCGCUGUCGGUUAUCGCGACUUUGUCAGGAAUGGUGCGUCGACAAACGACACCAGGAUAUCAUACAGCGAUCCCGAUUGGGAACAAGAGCAUAAAAUCGUAAAGGGGUUGACUCUGCUCUGCAUUUUUGGAAUAGAAGACCCCGUAAGACCAGAGGUUCCCGAAGCUAUCAAAACUUGCCAAAGAGCGGGGAUAACUGUAAAGAUGGUCACCGGAGAUAACGUUAACACCGCCAAAUCCAUAGCUAUCAAGUGUGGCAUUUACAAGCCCGGCUAUCUCAUCCUGGAGGGAAAGGAGUUUAACAAGAUGAUCCGUGACGAGAAAGGUGAUAUUCAACAACAUCUGAUAGAUCAGAUUUGGCCAAGACUCAGAGUACUCGCAAGGUCAUCUCCUACUGAUAAAUAUAAUCUCGUCAAAGGAAUUAAAGAAAGUAAGUUAAGAAAAGGAAGAGAAGUGGUAGCAGUAACUGGAGACGGUACCAAUGACGGGCCGGCUUUGAAGGUGGCUGAUGUGGGCUUCGCCAUGGGGAUCGCCGGUACAGACGUCGCGAAAGAGGCUUCUGAUAUCAUCCUCACAGAUGAUAACUUCAUCAGCAUCGUGAAAGCUGUCAUGUGGGGCCGAAAUGUCUACGACAGCAUCACAAAGUUUAUUCAAUUUCAACUGACCGUCAACCUAGUCGCCAUCAUAGUAGCCUUUGUUGGCGCGUGCACUGUGGGGGACAGCCCGCUCAAGGCGGUACAGAUGCUAUGGAUCAACCUCAUAAUGGACACGCUGGCGUCUUUAGCUUUGGCCACAGAGAAACCGACAGCGGAUCUGUUGAAUCGCGAUCCGUACGGAAGAACCAAACCUCUGAUAUCUAAAAUAAUGAUGAAGAACAUCGUCGGGCAUUCGCUGUACCAGUUAACGAUCAUAUUCAACCUUUUGUUCCUCGGAGACAAAUUUUUUAACAUUCCAAUUGAAAAACAUUCCAUAAGAGCGAUCAGCCAGCACUUUACAUUCAUUUUCAACGCUUUUGUAAUGAUGACACUAUUCAACGAGAUUAACGCGAGAAAGAUUCACGGCGAAAGGAACAUUUUCAGCGGUUUGUUGACGAACCCGGUGUUCUGUUUUAUCUGGUUGACGACUUUGAUCGCCCAAGUGUGCAUCAUCAACUUCGGCGGUGAAGCUCUGUCAGUGACGGAGCUGGACCGAGAGCAAUGGCUGUGGUGUAUCGCGUUCGGUGUAGGCACUCUGGUCUGGGGACAGAUCCUGUGUUGUAUUCCUCCCUGCAAAGGCAACAGCAAACGAGCCUCUCUGACGGACAAUGACUUCAACGUCGUGUCGCUGUCUGACCUCAAAAAUGGAACACACGCCAAGAUAUUGUGGCUACGGAGCGUCAAGCGAAUCCGAACUCAAAUAAGAGUAGUUAACGCUUUUAAAGAGUCCACCUUUAAUAAACAGGACAUAGCCAAAACGAGAACCAAAACGAGAACAACCAGUGUUCAAAAGGACCAGAAACCACCCAAAGAGGAAAUAAUUGAAAUACAAAAUUUACAAUCUGAAAAGAUACUUACUAAACAACUGACGAAACAGAGUAUUGAAAGUGAUGGUAGGCCUACCAGUAGAUAGUAUAUUGCUUAGUAUCACUAGUUCAAGUUUUGAAUAGUUAUUAUUAUCAAACAACUGUCCUCACUUAAAAGUAAGGGUUGUGAUCUUUUAGUGCGAGGGAUUCCGCUAUUGCCACUCAUGUACGAUGUGAUCAACUUUUUCAACCACUGUGAUUCUUGCUGUUUACUUAACGUGUAAAUAAAUGUGUUUUAUAAAUUUAUAUUUUAA